AUGGAGAUUUGUGAGCAGAGCCAAGCGUUUGUCCAACAAGACGGCGAUCUCGUCUUCGAUCACACUAAGUUUAUACUACGACAAGGCGGCGAAUACUUUUUUGCCCGGUCCUCUAAGCGAUUCCCCAAAUCCUCCACCGUCGACGUCAGUCUCCUAAGGACUGAGAAAAUUCCUGUGGAUAAAGUCUGGCCACCCAUGGAACCUCGCUUUACGGCAGCGCCCGACCCUCUGCCUCCGAAUUCGUUUGUCAAGAGCCCGAGCCUGCUGUAUUUUGGCGACACCCCCGCGGCCCUAGAGCCGGGCAUCCAAGUGACCGCCGAAGUGGAAGCGUGCGAGGUUCUGCGACAACACCCACACCCAAACAUUGCCAGGUACUUUGGCUGCGUCUCUGAGCAUGGCCGAAUAAAAGGGCUGUGUUUUGUCCGCUACUCCAUGACCCUAGCACAGCGACUGCAGGACGCUGCAUCUUUAGACAAAGCCCUCUGUCUACAAGGAAUCAAGAACGGCGUCGACCACAUGCACAAUCUGGGCCUCGUCCACAACGACCUCAACCCAUCCAAUAUUAUGAUGGAUGGCGACACACCUGUUAUCAUCGACUUUGAUUCUUAUCAGAGAAUUGGGGAAAAACUGGGUCGUAAAUCCGGAACAACUGGCUGGACAAUAAAAGGGUCAGAAUACGCGAGACUAGAGAAUGACGAGUACAGCGUCGCAAAGAUACGGGAACUCCUGAUGGAAGGGAGGUGA